CAGGGUUCUUCUCAUUUUCUUCUUUAUUUCAUUUAAAAUUUUAGGUACUACGGGGCUAAGGACUUUUUUGCCUAGCUAAAGACGAAAUGAAUAUUUUUUGCAGUGCAAUUGUCAGUCUUCAUUUGAGCGAAUUUAGCCGCCAAAUUAUACUAAGGAAACGUUAUUAUUAAAUCAAAAAAUGGAUAAACAAAGUUUGCUUAAAAUAUCCAGUACAAUUGCAGUUCUCAAGGAAAAGAUAAAAUGUACAAUCUGUUUGGAUUUGGUGCAAGAUUCAAUGCAGCUAGAUUGCAAUCACAGAUUUUGUAAGAAUUGCAUAACUGAGCAUCGCUCUCACAAAUAUUCAUCUUGUCCUUUGUGUAAGAAACCUCUCAAACGUCGUAUAAAUUAUAAAGAUCAAUUUGCGGAUGAGCUAAGUAAAUUUGUUAAUCAAGUAUAUGGACUUAUUAACGACAAAUAUGGGUCUAAGGUGGAAACAAUAUUCAAAGGAAAUAUGCAGCAUGCAGCUAAUACUUCAAAUGAAAUAAAUAAUGUUUCUGGUGACGGUUCUUCAAAAAUACAGGCUCAAAAAGAGCUAGAUAUAACCAAGCCCACAACAGAUGCUUUUAGCAUAUUAAAGGAUAAACCUAUUAGGUGCUAUGGUAACAAUAGACAGCAGAGAAAAAAACAAGAGUUGCAAAAAUAUGUUUUAGAGUUUCAAAACUCUGAAACUCGGAACAGAAUAAUAGAUUGGUUAAAUUGUACCCAACAAAAAUAUGACAUUAUAAAUAAGACAGAAAAUGCAAAAGCUAGGUUGGUGGAAAUUAGUACAGAAAAUGUAUCAAACAGAAUAAGGUCUCAAUCCUUAAAUUUGGGUGACAAUAAUUUCUCUGCAAAAUUGGUCAACCGUUACCAUAGCUUAAAUGAAGGGUUACAUGAAACUGAUAAUUAUCAAAUUGAGGAAAUUGAAUCAGAAAAAUUGCUUCGACAAGUUGAAAGAAAAGUGGUGCAAAACAUGUUAGAGGAAGAUUGCUUGGAGAAUUUGGAGAAAUUGGCUAAGGAAAGUGUUUUAUCACAUAAAAAGACUACAAAGAAGAGAAAAAAAAAAUCUCCAAGUUGCAGAUCUUCUGGUUGGGACAGGAUAAAAGUCGUCAAUAGAACUAUUAAUAAAGCUUGUAAAAUACCAAAAAAAUUAAAUAUUAGCCUGCAGUCCUCUCAGAUUAAUGAAAACCGAAAAGUUGCGGAUAAAGAAAGUUCUAAAUUAAAAAAAAAUGUUUUGAAAGAAGAAAUUCAAAAAGAGAAUAAGGAAAAUGAGAAUAAUCAGAAGGUUGCAGGCGGUAGUCAUCAGGAGCAUGAAUCAAAUAUUGUAAACCCAACUUACAGCUUGAGUGUCGUUGAAAAAUAUUUUCUCCAAAAUAUAAACACAAUAGACAUUGAUAAAGAUACUUCUUCAGAAUCGUGCACUGAUUUAUGUAAAAACCAAUUUCCGGUUGGUAAAAAAGAUGUGAAGUUAUUAAGGGACAAUAGAAAUAAAGAAACGGAACUGGAAAAAUCUGUAGCGGACGAAGAUAUUUUUUCCCUGCCAACUCAAAAGACAUUACAUAGUCCUAAACACAGAGAUAUGUUCUGUGUGUUUCCAGUUACAACAAAUUUUGCUAAAACCGAAGAAAUUGUUUCAACUCUGUCAAAUAUUUUAGAAAAUUGUGUGUCCGAAUCAAAGUCUAUACAUGGAGACAUGUCCGUUUGUUUAACCAAAUGUUUUUCAAACAUAAAAUCGUAUGUAGACAAAAUCAAAACUCUAAGAGUGAAUACUGACAAUAAGGAGACACAAACCCAUCAAAAUUUUUGCACUACGAAAACUCAAACAGACAAUUUAAGUUUACGAUCACAAGAAGUACAAACUUCAUUCCAGGGCAUAAUCACACAAACUUCAGAGGAACAUAAUAUUCCUCAAGAAGGCAAUAAAACAGAAUUAGAUAGUAAUUCAAAUGAUGUAUGUAUUCAGCAACUUAAUACCAAAGAGAAUGUUGAAAAUUCUGCAGGGUCAGUAUUAGUUUGCAGCAUUCCAACUGGUCUGGAAGACAAAAUCAAACGAAAAUUGACAUUUUCAGACAUUACCCAAAGGUUUAAAAGAAUUCGUAAACCUUCUUGCAAUAGUGAUUCGGACGAUGAUGGUACCUUACAUAAAAAAGAGUGUAAUCGAUUUAUAAGAGACGAUUUGACUGUUCAGUUUGUAGAGACUGAAACUGAAGGUAAUAAUAUUGAGAAGGCAAGUGAGAAUUCUCAAGGCAGCGAGGACAUUUUAAAUGAUAAUUAUUUGGAGGAGAUUAUGAGAAAAUACGGUGACUCUCCCCCCAAACAAGUGGUUAAACAAAGUAAAAAUGAAGAAACCACCAAAUUUGAAAGUGCAAGUGUUGCUGACGUUCGUGGUGAAGAAAAAUAUAAUUCUCAGAAAGGCAUUCACAAUAAGACCCCAAAAUCUCAAAAGUCUGAUGUUAGUGGGCAAAUUUUUACAGCAAACGACACGUUUCAAAAAAAUCAGACCAAAUUUGACAAAGAAAAAGAAAAGGCUGAAAAACUACGCAAUGAGUUCAGCUCAGAAAAUGAUAUCGUUGAAGACACCCCAGUUUUAGAACCUAAAAACAAAAAGCCUAAGCUUCAAUUGUCAAAGAAUACAGAUAUUAAAGUAUCAUUACUACAGCGUCCCCUUGAAAUUAAAAGUAAAACAUCACCAAAGUGCGGCAAUGGUGACACUGGCCUGAAACUAAAUAAUUCUGUUGUAUAUUCUACAGAGAGAGAAGUUGCUGAAAUGCUAGAAAAUCUUGAAAAUGAUGAAUUUUUUGAGGAUAUGGAUUAUGAAACUCAGAACAAAACAGCACAAAAAUAUAAUCCUGCUGUAAAUGAACAACCCAAAACAAAUUGUGAAAAUAGUGGAUUUCGAGAGCUGGCAACAAUACAAAAUGAUAAUGUCGAAACAAUUGAGAAUUAUUUUGAUGGGGAUGACCAAGUUGAAGCAGAAUUAGAAAGAAUUUGUAUCAGUGCUGAACAAAGAAAAGUAGAGGAAAUGGAGAAUGUUAGUAAAGUGAAGAUUUUGCAAAAUAUUAGAAUUAGACAUGAAGUAGUUUCAGCCAAUGAUAUAAUCAGUGAUAGUAAUUCUGACCUCAGCGAUGAAGAGGUAGUGGAAACUACUCCAGACAACCUUAAACUUUCUUCAACCCCAAAUAGGUUCUUCAAUGGUCUGGAAAAUGUUUCCAAUUUGUCUCCUACUAAAAACAAUUUGGAUGAUUUAUGCUUACCACCACCUCCAGGCUUCGGAGAUGAACCCAAAUUAGAAAGUCCAGUCGAAAUCGACAAUGAAAUUUUAAACAAAUCUCAGUUAACCCCAGACAGACUAACAGACUUUAUAGUUACUCCUCAGACAUACUGGUCACGUAGAGAAGAGAAGUCUCUGAAGUGUUCUCAACUAUCUAAUAUAUCAUUGGUUAUAGCCACCAACACACCCAAACUACACACAAAAAUUCAACAUAGCACCCCCACUUCUCAAGCAAAAUAUAUAGAAACUCUAAAUUUUUCCCCAAUUAAUAAAGUAACCACACAAAAUUUUCAAGGAACAUGUCUGGGUAUAUCUCGAAAAACACCCUUGGUAACUUCGUCAAAGUCAGCUACCAAAACGCAAAAUCUAAUGACUAGCACACCUAACCAAAGGAGCAUUUUAAAUUAUGUCAAGUCCUCCCAAGAAAAUGCCAAUAGUGCCAAAACCAAACCUUGCAUAAUAUGGACCAGAAUUGUCAACAAAGAUCUCCAAGUUUUUAAGGAAUUGGAAGUGAAAAAAUUAGUUACUGUGAGUAAUUCAUUUGGUCCCUCGACUACUCAUCUGGUAGUUGUAGUUGAUGAAAAUGGUCGCCUAAAAUCGCACACAGCCAAGUUUCUACUAGCGGUAGCGGCGGGUCUGUGGGUUGUGAGAUAUGAAUGGGCUCAGGAUUGUUUAAAGUACAAUAGAAUUGUUUCAGAGGAGCCAUAUGAAGCUCUUGAUUUAUCUGGAGUACCUGGACCAAAGAUCUCAAGAACCACAAGGUUAAUUAACCCUUUGUUUAAGGGUUUCCGAUUUUGUUGUGCACCUCCAUUUUCAAUUGUUUCCAGAACAGAAAUCGAGAAUGCUCUGAAAAUGCUUGGGGCUCAAAUAGUAAACCACCCCAGAGAUUUACAAAAAAAUGAUGACCAUAUAGUUAUCAUCUUAACAGAUACCACAGCAACUGAAGAAAUAAAUCAAUUUGAAUCUUUUCUCGAGGAUUACAAAACCGUAACGGUAGACAUAGAGUGGUUGACGAAGUGCAUUGGCCAAUACAAAAUUGUUAGUUUUCGUCCAUAUCUGCUUUGUUCGGAUGAACUGAUCUGUGAUUUGGGUUACCCCUCAGUGUUAAUAGAAUCCGUGCCAUUCACGCUAACUGAAGCAACAUUAGGUAAUUAA